AAAUCAGUAUUGUUCGAGACACCGUCAGCAGUGAUACAGAUAAUAUUACAGUUCACUGUGAAUUCUCGUCGAUAUUAUAUUUUAAUAUUUCAUACGUUCGACGUCGACAACACUACACACAACAAACAAUAUGGUUGCCUGCAAAGUGAUUUUGGCCGUCGCCGUCGUAGCUGUAGCUAUCGUUCAAGGUAGACCCGGUGCCGAAACCGACUGGGCUACACCGAUCUUAGAUGAACUUAAGUCCGUGACAAAUAACAUAACCCAUUUGGUCGGCCUUGACAACACCGCCGAGUACACCACCGCUGCCAAGAACAAUCUGAACGCUUUCGCCGAAAGUCUCAAAGCCGAAACUACAGCUUUCGGUAAAUCGUUUGAAGGAAAAUCCACCGUGUCCGAUCUGUUCAAGGAAUCCAACAAACAGUUCCAAACACUCGUCGAAACGUACAUCAAGAACUUGCCCAAGGAACUCACCAUGAAGGACUUCACCGAAAGGAGCGAACAGGCACUUAAGUACAUGGUAGAACAUGGCACUGAAAUCACCAAGAAAGCCCAAGGAAACACCGAGAUUGAGAAGCAAGUUAAGGAGUUCAUUAAGAAAAACAUCGAAAACCUCAUGGAACAAACCAAAGCCAUUCAAGCUAAAAUCGCCGAAGUCAAGAAAGCCUAAGAUGUACAAGUCUGAGGGACUGACACACGUUGUACCAACUAUGUCAACCGAAACGUGAUAACUGACAGUUAAUUUAUUGCUUUUUAAUUUUAUAAUAUUGUAAUUUAUUUCACCUUUACAAAAUCAAAUAUUAAAUUUUACAGCUUUUAUACUUUA